CGCCGAGGCGCGCCGAUGGAGGCGAUUGGGACGUCGGGGGGCUCCGCCUCCUCGUGCGGCCGCACCGGCCCCGCCCAGCCCCCGCCCCCCGUCCCUCCCCCGCCCCCUCCCCCGCCAGCCCCCGCCCCUCUGGCGCGGUCUCUUCCCGGCGGCCGAGGCGCCUCCAUUUUCCUGCCCGCCCCGACCAGCUGCUGCUGCGGCCACCGCCACCCGCCCUACCAGCAGUGGAGCCUCCCGCCCCGCCCCAAGAGCCCCGCCGCCUCCGCCGCCCAGAGGACCAGCCGCCGCCGCGACGCCCGAGACGUCUACCCCUUCCCUCGGCGCCGCCUCAGCAGCCGCCUCCUCUUCACCGCCGCCAUGAACGAGGAGUACGACGUGAUCGUGCUGGGCACCGGCCUGACGGAAUGUAUCCUCUCUGGGAUUAUGUCAGUGAACGGAAAGAAGGUCCUUCACAUGGAUCGCAAUGCUUACUAUGGAGGGGAAAGUGCAUCUAUUACACCCCUGGAAGAUUUGUACAAAAGGUUUAACCUGCCAGGAUCUCCACCAGAGUCUAUGGGCCGAGGAAGAGAUUGGAAUGUGGACCUGAUUCCUAAAUUCCUUAUGGCCAAUGGCCAGCUGGUCAAGAUGUUGCUGUACACAGAAGUUACUCGCUACUUGGACUUCAAGGUGAUUGAAGGAAGCUUUGUCUACAAGGGAGGAAAGAUUUACAAAGUUCCUUCAACUGAGGCAGAAGCCCUGGCAUCCAGUCUGAUGGGCUUGUUUGAGAAGCGGCGCUUCCGGAAAUUCCUGGUGUAUGUUGCCAACUUUGAUGAGAAUGAUGCCCGCACUUUUGAAGGCGUCGAUCCCAAGAAGAACACUAUGCGCGAUGUGUACAAGAAGUUUGACCUGGGCCAGGAUGUUAUAGAUUUCACGGGGCAUGCCCUUGCACUGUACCGGACCGAUGACUACUUAGACCAACCCUGCCAAGAAACUAUCAACAGGAUUAAACUGUACAGCGAGUCUCUGGCUAGAUAUGGCAAAAGUCCCUACCUGUAUCCUCUCUAUGGCUUGGGAGAGCUGCCUCAGGGAUUUGCAAGGUUAAGUGCAAUCUAUGGAGGCACCUACAUGCUGAACAAGCCAAUUCAAGAGAUUGUUGUAGAAGAUGGCAAAGUGGUUGGAGUGAAAUCUGAAGGGGAGGUUGCUCGCUGCAAACAGCUCAUCUGUGACCCCAGCUACGUCCCAGAGAGGGUGAAAAAGGUUGGCAAGGUGAUCCGAGUCAUCUGUAUCUUGAGCCAUCCAAUCAAGAACACCAACGAUGCCAAUUCAUGCCAGAUCAUCAUUCCCCAGAACCAGGUGAACAGGAAAUCAGACAUCUAUGUCUGCAUGAUCUCCUCUGCGCACAACGUGGCAGCACAAGGGAAGUACAUUGCCAUCGUCAGCACAACUGUGGAGACAAACGACCCAGAGAGAGAAAUCAAGCCAGCCCUGGAGCUCCUGGAGCCCAUUGAACAGAAGUUUGUUAGUGUCUGUGACCUGUUUGCACCAACUGACCUGGGCAGAGAGAGCCAGAUCUUCAUUUCCCGCACCUAUGACGCGACCACCCACUUUGAGACCACGUGUGAUGACAUCAAAGACAUUUACAAGCGGAUGAUGGGCUCAGAGUUUGACUUUGAAGAGAUGAAGCGGAAGAAGAACGAUAUCUAUGGAGAGGAGGAGCAGCAGUAACGGGCUGAAGGCCCGGGUCUCAGUUGGCAGCGGGGGUGGUGGUGGUGGUGGUGGUGGUGUGUGAUGCACAGAGGGACUGAAGUGAGCACUGUAUGACGUUCAGCAUUGUCAGGCCUGCUUUUUGUAAUCAUAUCUCUGAGAUUGGAGCGAGUCCUGCACUGCCCUCCCCUCUUUGGAUGUAAUCAUGUGUUAAUUAUUCUUCACACAAGGCUGCUGUGUCAAAAUUGGCAGAUGCUGACACUUCUGAUUUUAACUGUUAACUUUGACUAAGAAUAAGCAGACAUUAACUUAGAUUUGGGAGGGUGCAAGCCAACACCAGCUCAUCAUGCCCUUGUCACUUUUGUUCCCUGCAACUUCGUGACCAUCUGUGAGUGCUUCAGUCAAAGCGACGGGGGUCGUCUUCCUCCCCACCACUUUGUCUCCAAACCACGCGCCUUCCAGUCGGAGGGGCCCUCACCCCCAGCAGCCUUUCCCCAUCCAGUCUUAACUCCAUGGCAAGCUGCAUUUAUGGCCAAAGCCCACAGCAAUUGUGGCCACCUGGCAGGGUUUGUACCCAGUGCUAUCCUCCCCCUCCCCCGGCCCCUACUAAAAGCUUCUCAAACCGUUUACAUCUGUUGGAACACAACUGUGCCGUAAGGCUCUUUGUGUUUUGAAAAGUGAUACUAAUAAAAAAAAACUUGGUGCAAGAACCAAAACUCCAAAGCAGGCAAGGUGUGUGUGUGUGUGGCGUGUGCAAGUAUUUCUUUUCCUCCUGUGCCCUGGGUGGCUUCUCAGGUGGACCAAACUGCCCUGCAGUAUUGACUUGACGGAGCCUGGGCUACUUCCUGGCAGAGGGGGCUCCAGAUGACGUCUGUACUGCCAAGUAAAGCCAACUUCUGGAAACAA